AUGGAUCUUGCAGGACCCUCGCACUUAAAGGAUGGACAAAAAUCAUAUAUUGUACUCUUCACCUGUGCGGUUUAUUGUGCUAUCGAUGUGGAACUGGUUACCUCAUUAACAACUGAAUCAUUUUUUCAGGCUUUAAGGCAUUUUAUCGCACGUCGUGGACACCCUACCACCACAUAUUCCGAUAAUGGGACAAAUUUUGUGGGUGCAGAGAGAGUUCUGCAAAACAUUGACUGGGACUGCCUCUGCUCUAAGGCUGCUGAAAAGAGAAUACAAUGGAAAUUUAAUCCUCCAUCCGCUGCUUGGUGGGGUGGAUGGUGGAAGCGUUUAAUACAAAUUGUAAAACAAAUAUUAAGAAAAAUGUUAGGUCGUGCUUCUCUUGGUUAUGAAGAGUUACUCACCGUCUUGUGCGAUUGUGAAAGAAUUGUCAACUCAAGACCACUUACGUACGUGUCUGACGAUAUUGAAGAUCCCUUGCCUUUAACUCCGGAAAAAUUUCUGCAUGAAACUCCACAGUCGGGUGUACCUGAUAUUGACAAUGUGGACAAAGAAAAAUUGAGCAGAAGAGCGAAGUAUCUCCAGAGAAUGAGAGAAUUGUUAAGUGAGAUUUCACUCUGA